AUGGCACCGACAAAGGCCCUGUCCAGCCUCGUCGCAUCUAGUCUUCUUCGCGAUCUCGAAGACGAAAAGUAUUGUGAUUUCGCGUUGAUGUGCAAGGGGGCAACUAUACGAGCUCACAAAGUCGUGAUAUGCCCACAGUCGUCGGUUCUGGCAGCCGCGUGCUCGCAGGGAAAGGAUUUAUACCUGCUUCCUUGGGCCAAAAAGCCCGCGAUGGAGCGUUUGGUUGAAUGCUUGUACACUGGGGAGUACAGCUACCCCGCCGCAACCGCACAGCACGAGCUUGAGACGGUCAGCAGCAAUAGUCCGGGCAUUGGCAAUAUAGAGAGAAGCUCCAAUUCCUGGCCAUCUCAUGAGGAACUGGGCACACUCAACUUUGUUGCUCAUCUCGACAUUAUCGAUGUCGCCAAGGAGCUCUCCAUCGACCAUCUUGCCACCAAAGCAGUCGAGAAUUUCCGGAAAGAGGCCAUGGAAACUCCGGAGUCACUCACUUUUUUGAAUGUCGUCCCAUUCGUGUUUUCGAUGGACUGUACAGGUAUCUUGCUGCAGAACACGUGUAUCGAAGCAACCCGAAGUUUGUUCGGUCCCGGAUUGGCCGUUGGCGAAAAGAAACGGCAACUACUAGACAAUGUAUUUGAAAACGUCCCAGCCUUUUCCCAGAGACUUCUCAGUUCAUGCCUCACCAUUGCUGCCCCAAGCUCGAAGAAGGGCUGCUUUUCCGAUUCGAAUGAGGACGCUUCCUGA